AAUAACUCUAUCUCUUGAAACCCAACAAGCCAUUUUGUUUGAUUUCUCUUCUGCUUCUCUUUGCAACACUCUGAUAACUCAAGCUAGAAUAGUUUAUGUUGAUCCCAACCAGGAAUGUCAGAUCCGCAAGUAUCGAUCAGUUCGUUACAAACCUUUUCCCUGUAGCCAUGACCUCGUACAACGCUUUCACCAAAACCUGGAGCGGUCCCCGCAUCGAAUCCCCCUUUCCCCCUACAACAUCGGUCGGCCAGGCGAUCUGCACCGUGCUGGCCAAAACCCCCACCAAAGUGUCCCAAAUCUGUGAUUCCGACGGCCGCGUACUAACUUGUGAAGAUCUCCGCUUACGAACGAUCCGGGUGGCGCAACAUCUUACCGCUCUCGGGUACAAACCCGGUGACAUGAUCGCGGUGGUCGCCGGUCACUCAACGAAUCUUUCUCCAGUGAUCUUCGGGUGCUUCCUAGCAGGAUUCGUGGUCAACACGGUUGACAAGCGACUUGACGCUCACGACAUGUCUCAUUUGCUCAGGUUGACGGAACCUGUGCUGGUGUUGUGUGACGAAGCAGUUCUCGAAACGGUUCAAGCUGCAAUCGCCGAAAUUACAGCUCGCGUAAUGAUCCUCACUGAAGACCUAGUUUCACCAACGGGAACUGAGGAUCGUUUCCAAGCACCUUCGGUGCCCGAUUCCAAAGUUACGCUAGCCGCCGUGAUCACCUCGUCCGGAUCAACUGGACUCCCCAAACCGAUCUGCCUGUCCCACGCCCAGCUUAUCAACCUCACGUGCUCGCUCAUUACGAAUGAUCAGUCACUUUACAGCACUGCUGAUAACGACCGGGAAGAUGACCGGGCAAUUUUGCUAACGAGCCAGCUGCACUGGAUCUCCGGCUACAUGAUGCUGCUCGGUGGUCUGAUGAGUGGAAUUAGGCGGAUCAUCACCAGUCAUCGCUACGAGGCAGAUUUGGCGCUUAAUCUGGUGGAAAAGUAUGGCGUUACGCACGUUUUGGCACCGCCACCGUUGGCGUUGGAAUUGGUUCAGCGACAGCGGCUUGCGGGGUACGAUUUGAGCUCGCUGAGAUAUUUUUUAUGUGGAGGCACUACGGUGCCGGAUUGGUUGCGGGAUGAUAUCGACGGGGUGCUGCCGAAUGGGCGGUGUUACGUUGGGUACGGGAUGAGUGAAACUGGAGCUGGGGCGAUGGCCGUGGAGAAGGUGAUUCGGCGAGGGACGGUUGGGGAGUUGGAGGCGAAUAUUGAGAUGAGGGUCCUAAACCCCCUCGACGGCACCCUGCUCGGCCCCAGCCAACCCGGCGAACUGCUGGCCCGCUAUCGAUACCCCUUCCUGGGCUACUUUCACCAAGAAAAGGCCACCGCAGAAAUCCUCCGCCAAGAAGACAACUUCCUCCACACCGGCGACAUCGGCUUUAUCGACUCGCGCGGGUUUGUGACCCUUCAGGAUCGUUUGAAGGAAAUCAUUUGUUGGGGAUUUUACCAAAUUUCCCCAAGCGAGCUGGAGGGCAUCAUUGGCCAGUUGGAGGGUGUGCUGCGGGUCGUGGUCGUAGGGAUCCCUACCAUGGAGCAGUUGGACUUGGUGACGGCGGUGGUGGUGCGGGAGGAUGAUCAGUUGGGGGAGGAGGAUGUGGUGAGGUUUGUUGAGGGGAGGGUUUGUGAUUUUAAGCGGUUGAGGGGAGGGGUUUAUUUUGUUGAGGAGUUGCCGGUGACGAGCACGGGGAAGGUUAGGCGGGCGGAGGUUAGGAAGAUAGCGGUUAGGAUGUAUGAGGAAAGGCAUGGUAGUUUGAAACACUAGCGCCACCACUUGUGGGUGUGAGUGCAAGUGGAACUAAUUUGACAGUUUUUUCAUGUUUUUGUUUGUGAU